AUGGAAGAGCUUCUUAUCAAACCUUCCGGUCUCUUCUGGCAGGACGACUUUAUCACUGCGGAGCAUGAAGAGAAGCUAAUCCACAUUUUCCGGCACGAGCUCACGUGGCCGGAUCGGCCCGGCCGACUGUCGUUGCACUAUGGCUAUACCUUCGACUACAAGACGUUCGGCGUAGAUCCGGACAUUCCAUUCGCACCGUUUCCGGACUGGCUUGUUCCUUUAAUCCCCACAAGGGAGAACAGGCCGCCGGACCAGGUCUGCAUCCAGUACUAUCCUCCUGGAGCUGGUAUACCGCCACACGUCGACACGCAUUCAGCAUAUGACCAGUUGUACGCGCUGUCUUUGGGAUCGCCGGUACUGAUGCAGUUCACGCGACCUGCGGUGAAUGAGAGCAAGGAAGGAGACAUGACGGAGGUUGACCUCACGCCGCGGAGCAUGCUGCAGAUGUCGGGUGAUGCGAGACUGCAUUGGAAGCACGGCAUCAGAAAGCGCAAGACAGAUACUUUGCCAGACGGCACGGUGCGUAGGAGGGGUGAUCGAUGGAGUGUCACUUAUCGAUGGAUUAGAGAGCCGGCGAUUUGCGAAUGUGCCGACAUGAAGUUGUGCGACACGGCGCAAAGAAGAUUAGGGAUCGAGAAGGAAUACCGGUGGAAAAAGGAUGACGGGGAUGAUACGGCCGAAAGAGCAGAUGAAAAAACAAAGGAAUGA